ACAAUCCUCCGGAUAUUGGUAUAGGUAUGACUUUCACAUCUGUGAAUGAUUCAGCGUAUAGGGUUGGUGGAUAUAGUGGAUAUGUGGACAAUAAGAGUCUUGGCAGUGCUACUAAUCUUUUAUGGCAAUUGCUACUAAAUGGACCCACUUUAAUUUAUCAUUCUGCUUGUUAUAUGUCAGAUUACAAUAUAAUCGUAUAUUUUGGUGGACAAAGCGGUGCUCAAGGUCCCGUGAAUGGAGUGUAUAUAUUUGAUCUGAUUUCACAAAAUUGGAAUCUUAAUCCAAACGUCGCAAAUAGCCCGACACCACGUAAAGGUCAUUCUGCCGUUUGCCUGGGAAGUACAAUGAUAAUGUAUGGUGGUGGUGUUUCCGCUCCUUCUGAUGAUUCAGUUUGGCAGUUAAAGGCAAAUUCACCAUCAGAUUUCACUUGGUCAACAGUAAAAACCACAAAUAAAGUCAUUGGCGCUAGAAUGGGUCACAGUGCAGUACUCUAUAAUAAUACUAUGAUCAUAUUCGGAGGCAUUGCCAUUGGCCAAAACGAUCCAAAUGUUCACAUGCUAGAUCUCAAUACCUUGAACUGGACAAAUGACAGCAAGACAAAUUUCGUAGUUGCUAUAGUGGCUGGAAUAAUUGGUGGAUUGUUGUUCAUUUUGGUGGGUAUUGCCGCGGUGAUCAUUAUAUAUAGACGUUGUUUCAGCGAUAAAAGUGGAAAAUUCGAGAGUGCAAUUGCUAGGCGUCGUCGUAGAACGCGCGAUGUGAGUUAUUAUUCAACCGAUGAUCCUAAUAUCGAUAUAAUGACUGGUCGUACUAGUGGAGAUGCAAGACGCGAGGCGCCAAUUCCCGAUUUACAUACUCCGACCGAUGUACUUAUUCCGACUCCUGCAACUGCCAGAGUGGCAAACAAAGACAUAAUAUUAAACGCUCCCACACUUUUCAAUAACAAUGACAAAUCCCGUUUAUCUUCAGGUGACAAUGGCACUGGUAUCGGUACCAGUACUCGAUUAUCACAAUAUAGUAGCAAGAAUAUUCCUGAAGAAGAGGAGGCUGAAGUUUGGACAUUUGCAUCGUCAUUAGGAUUCGAUCAACAAACUGCUCGAACACCACCAAUACGAUAUAUGUCGUCUAAUCGUGGGCACAUGGGUUCCGAAGUGCCUCUCGCAUUACCUGUUCCCCCACCAGACGUCACAGCUCCUCGAGUCCCACCUGUCUCCGUUCCCGUAUCACCAACAUUACCAUCCGGAUACGCUAGUUCCAGCGGAAUGAUGAAUAGUAAUCCGGCAACUGGAAGACCUAGCACAUUACCUCAACCUCAGGUUCCUGGGAAUCCCGCUGAUGCACUUAGUCCAUUAGAUCGAAUAGCACGUUUAUUUUCUGGUGGUGAUGUGACGGGUUCAAUAGUAAGAAGUGAAAAGGAAGGGAAUCAUUACCAUUCAUCUGUUAAUCAAUCGCAUCAAUAUAAUCAACUUCCGCCACAGCCUCCUUCACAUUCACAAUUUCCUAGUUCGUCCGAAGAUAACCCAACAAUAACACAUCAAACUGGAAGUGCGCAGGAAGGACGUACUACCGAUACUACUACAACUAAUACGACGACAACGUUAGAGGCAGGAGGAGGCAAUAAUGACG